AUGACAUUUCGAAUUUGUAGAGACUGUCUCAUUUUAGACCUUUUCCGUAUAAUAUAUCUUAGAGCAUGCGGCGCGGAAGAUGUGGCUGUGUGCGCGGAAGAUGUGGCGGUGGGCGCGGAAGAUGGGGCGGAAGAUGUGGCGGAAAUUUUUCUUGCCCGCCGGCGCAAAAGCGCACCCCGUCGGGCCCGCAAAGCAACCGUGCUCCUAGAGCUCUCGCGAGUGCUUGUGGGGCCCUCUCUAUUCGGCGGGGCUAUCAAGCAACCGGGAUACCACCCUAAGCAACCGCGCACCUCUUGGAGCGACCGCAAUACCUUCCUGGGCAACCGCGAUACCUUCCAGAGCAUUCACGAGGGCUCCCCGAGCCUUCCAUAUAUCACGGAACCAGGAAAUUUACAAAGGUCUCCCCAAGCCUUUACGGAGGCUCCCUGGGCCCUCCAUAUAUCGCGGAACCAGGACAUCCGCAAAGGUCCUCGCAAACCUUUACAAAUGCUCCCUGAGCAUUCCCGAUACCUGGGAGAGCAUUCAACAAUGCUUCUCAAGCCCUCACUCCCGCAGGGGUGUAUAUUGAACCUUAAAACCGACAUCUGGCACUCCAACACAGGUAUACAAAAAGAGUGA